AAUGUGUUAGUGUUUAUAAGCUGUCACACCGCUGCAGAUGGUGUUUCAUUCAUUGAAUAACUGAUAUCAUGAUGGGAAGCCUUUCUGAAAGAGGCUCAGAAAUUGCGCAAAAAGGCUCUAUAUUGUAUGAAGGUCUCCAGAUGUGUCUUCAGGAUCCAUAUGAUAAAGACCACAACAUUCAGGGUUACCUUAAUUUAGGAACUAGUGAAAACAAGAUCUGCUUUGAUUUGUUACAUGAAAGGCUCAUGAGACCUGAUAUGCACAUCCUGGAGCCUUAUUUGUUGAAUUAUAAUGACCCACGAGGAAUCUACAGAUUCAGACAAGAAGUUGCCAGCUUUCUUACUGACUACUGCCAUGGAUCUGAACCCUUAAAUCCAGACAAUGUCAUUAUUAUGAAUGGAUGUAAUGCUAUUUUUUCUGCACUUUCUGCUGUGAUUUGUAAUCCAGGAGAUGGUUUUCUUUUACCUGCUCCAUACUACACUGGCAUAGAUACAUACACCUCUCUGUAUUCUGGAGUUAAACCUGUGCAUGUUCCAUUGUACAGCAAGGUGGCAGAAGGUGAAAGUUAUCCAUUUGAGCUGACAAUACCGAAGUUGGAGGAUGCUAUGGAAAAUGGAAAAAAGCAGGGUAUUCGCAUUACUGCUUUAAUUGUAAUCAAUCCCCAGAAUCCUUUGGGAUUUAUUUACUCAGAUAAGCUACUGAAAGAAUUUUUAGAAUUUGGACAAAGGCACAGUCUGCAUUUAGUCUUCGAUGAAAUUUAUAUGUCGUCAGUAUUGGAUGCUGUGCCCUUUACAAGUAUCCUUUCAUUCCAUAAUGUUCCAGAUCCAGAGAUGAUCCAUUUUAUAUGGGGACUAAGCAAAGAUUUUGCAAUGAACGGGAUGAGAGUGGGAGUGCUUUAUUCCAAGAACCAACAUGUCAUUAAAUCUAUGAGUCAACUUGCUUGCCUUCAUCAAUGCCCAGGACCUACUCAGUAUAUGCUCAGUCAGUUUCUAAAAGACCGAGACUGGUUGGACAAGGUGUUUUUUCCAGUAAAUAAAAGACGCCUCAAGAAAUCCCAGAAGAUAUUAAUCAGUGGACUAAAAAAACUUGGGAUACCAGUUCUUAGAAGCUCUGUAGGACUUUACAUGUGGGCAGAUUUCAGAAAAUUCUUGAAAUCUCAGACCUUUGAAGCCGAGAUGGACUUAUGGUUGCAGCUCAUUGCAAAUAAAGUAUAUAUUGCUCCUGGAAAAUCGUUUGAAUGUUAUGAGCCUGGAUGGUUCCGUGUGACUUCCUCACUUCCUAGCGACAGCCUACAGACAUGUAUACAGCGUCUCCAGAACAUCCUUAAAGUGACUCCUGGGCAUAAUUAUGGAAUUCCAUAUAAAGGAUAACUCCCAUAAGGCUUAGAUUUUGACGGCAGAUAAGAACCACAUGCCCAACAAGUCUGUCCAAUAUUUCCUAAGAGUUUUAAUUGAUCUAGUUUGUAGGAUAAUCUUAUGCUUAUCCCAGACAUUAGCCCCCCACAGUGUUUGUCUUUACCACCUCUUGUGGACGUUUAUUCCAUGAAUCAAUCACUCUUUCUAUAAAGUAGUCCCUCCGCAAAUUACUCCUGAAUCGACUACCCUUCAUGAACCCCUUGUUCUUGAAUUUUUCUUUUAAUGAAAAAUACUCACAGCCUCAUCUUUACUAAGCCCCUUAACCCCUUAGUGACCAGACCAUUUUUCAAUUUUCUUAGCGUUAGGGACCAGGGUUAUUUUUACAUUUCUCCGGUGCUUCUAAAUUUUGUCCUGAGGUUAGAAAUACCCAAUAUUUACAUGUUAUUUGCUUUUUUUGCAAGUUAUAGGGCAAUAAGUGCAAGUAGCAUUUUGUGAUUUCCAAACCAUUUCCCCCCCAAAAUUAGCGAUAGUUACAUUGUAACACUGAUAUCUGUCAGGGAUCCCUUAAUAUCCAUUGACACGUAUAUAUUUGUUUUUAGUAGACAACCCAAUUCAUGCCACUAUUUCACCACCAAAUGCGAUCAAAUAAAACGUUAACUGGGCAUGGAACAUCCCAACCACCUCUUGACAGUAUCUGAUUAGCUUUUUAGCCCAAUAGUGGUUGUCCCUUCCAAACAUGAAUACAUGGAAUUUCGUUCUGCAAUCAACUCAGAAGAAACAUCUAAUUAUGGCAGGAUUGCCCAUUGUUUUAUAAAUAACAUUAUGGUAUUUAUUAUAUAUAAGUAAAAGGUGCAUUGACAACAAAAAAAACAAUACAUUUCCUUAUUUAUCAUUA